GUAAACAAUGAUGGCGGGCGCGGAUCCCGCAGAAGACUUGAAUUGCAAUGUAUGCAAUUUUCAAACAAAUAGAAAAGCAUUUUUUCACCGGCACAUACAAUCUGAGAGACAUAAAAAUAUGGUAUUUCUUCAAAAUGAGCAGCAUUCUCCGACAACAGAGGAUACCGUAUCUUCAGAAAAAUGCCAAGAAACUUCCGCAGAACUUCUACUGUCAGAAGACGAGACUGAAUUACCGUCCGAUGAGUAUAGGCCUAGCAAUCAUGAAAACAAUGAAACAACCAACAGUGGACAUGCUAGAUCGUACACAACAUCAGAUUCGCAAACCCAGGGAGAUUGGUAUCCCUUCACAUCAAAGAUUGAAAUGCUGUGCUACAUUUUUAUGAGUUCCGCAUCUCAUCCUGUGAGUGAAGAAAUUGUCAAAUUUCUGUUGUUCGUCCUGAGAGAAGCGGGUGUUCCUGAUGUCCCAUCUCUUCUUAAACUGAAAAACCUUCAGUUUGGGAAUUUGAAUUGGGAGGAUAUGAUGACAAAGGGGACAGACCAGAACGGCAUUCCAUUUUGGAUUUUAAAACCGAAGGAAUUAUUAAAACUUUUCAUUUCAAAUCCAAAGGUGUCAUCAAAAAUUGUCAGGAAACCGAACAGUCAAACAGGUGUGAUAUCUCAUCCUGCUGAUGCAGAUAAGUGGAGGAAUGGCAUAAACUUUCCUGUGAAUGAAGAUGGGAUACCUCCCACAGUUACCAUGCCAAUCAAUUUAUUUUUGGAUGACACUUCAACCCAUAGGAGUAAAAGGUGGCUACCUCUACAUUGCAUCCAAAUGCAACUUUCAGGUUUACCACUGUGUGAAAGAAUGAAACAAAGUUCUGUGUUCUUUGUUGGAGCAUCAGAGAAAGUAGAAAUUAUGGACCUGGGUCAGUUAGUGGUUGACAACAUAUUGGAGUGUGAAAGGGAAGAGGUUGAAGCCUUUGAUGCAGAAAUGGGACAAGAAUGCACCAUUAAAACAUGCAUUGAUGUAGUUGUGGCAGAUUAUGCUAUGAUGUCUUUUUGCGCAAAUCAUUUAGGAGCAGCGGCAAAGAAGUAUUGCCCUAGGUGUUUUGCAGAUGCUGACAAUUUUGACCAUAUUUGUCAAAAAAGAGAGCCUGAUGAAACACGACGCUCAUUGAAUAUCCUGAAUAUGAGAAGUUUGGAGAAGGACAAGCAAAUACUUCGUUCAGAAAAGGGAAUAAAAGAGCAUGACAACUGCUUUUGGGAUGUCAUAAAUCCUCACAGUGACAUUCCUGUUGGAUUACUCCAUUUAAUUCCUUUGGGAUUAGCGAAACACCUUGUCAAAUAUAUUGUUGACAGUGUGGACAACAACACAUUAAAGAAGAUGUCUGCACAUCUUGAUGCUGUUGUUCCUGGUGGCAGAUUUUUUGAAUUCUUCAAAUACAUGCACAGUCGCCAAGGAAAAGACUUUAAGUAUUAUUUGCAGAUUGCACCUUUCAACAUGAUGUUUGCUGGAGUUCCACAGAAAUAUGUAAAGAUGAUUUCCUGCUUGUCAUUGAUUCAGCUACAACUGCAUAGUGAGAGCUUUGAUGAAGAUGAUCUGCAGUAUCUACAGUCAACCAUUGACAAAUAUCUCUCCUAUAUCAAAGUUCAUACACCUGAACUUCAAAGGAAAGCAAAGUCACAUCUCCUUCUUCACAUUGUUGAUGACAUAAGAAAACAUGGUCCCCCUAAAUUUUACAUAGAGGAUGCCUUUGAAAAAAACCAUGGCACCAUAAGGGAUCAAAUCUUCCUUCAGAAUCAGAAGGCACGUAGCAGGGACACUUGUAUCAAGUUUACCAAGCAUACAAUAUGCCAACAUAUUUUGUCUGGGGGAUAUUUUAAGGAGUCUGAAGAAUGGAAAAAUGCUUCAGAACAUGCUCUGCAGUUUGGAGGCAUGGCAGAGAUACAGAAAUUUAUGGGAGAGUCAGUCACCUCAGACAAAAAGAUGCCAAAUGGUACAGUCCGAAAACUAUGCCGCCAGUCAAAUAGACACACAAUGACUGAGAAAAUGACUGAUGAGAUGCUAUCCCUGCUGACCUCCGACAAUCACUCUCCAGAUGACAAAAUUCAGAGAGGAUCAGCUAUCACAGCAGGUGGUGAAAUGGUCAAUGCUGGUGACUGGGUGGAGUAUGGGACACCAGGCGAGAAUGAGAGCUGUGGAGUUUUCAAAGAAGGAGUCAUAGUUUUGCCUACCAGAGGGCCUACAAAGAUGAUGGCAAUAAUACAAAAGGCCACAGAAUGUUCGACAAGUUGUAAUUCACUGGGUUGUCCAAAAUUACAUUUGGGAAAUGAGGUUGUUGCCAUUCAUACAAGCAAAGUCAUUAAAAGACUAAAUGUUAUGCAUGACUGCCUGGGUGCAAAAUGCAGCAUACGAGACACUCGUGUAACAGAGAGGGUGGAGCAGGAAGAAGUGCUGACCAAAAAAGUUCAUUUGCAUCAUAACUAUGACCAUGCAUACUUUUUCAAAAAUUUCUACAUGCUUUAAUAGUGAUUAUUGUUAAUCUAUAUCUCUGUCCAUGUCCAACUUUUGAAGUGGUUUCUGCAAAAUUACAUCAAUGCAUCUCGUUUAGUACCGUACAUAUAAGCAGCACUUUUGCUAUGCAUACCGGGUAUAUUGUAUAUUUAGUUUACUAAGUGUUAUCUUUCAAUAUAAAUAUGAAGGUAAUUCCAGUGGCUUUCAUAUAUGAGUCGUUUUGUUUUUUCAAACGAUGUGAUAAAUUUUCUUGCUAAAGUUUUGGGCAUAUCAACGAUAUUACAGUGUAAUUAGAUGAUCAUUUUAGAUCACAUGUAUUUGAAUUACCGAUAAAGCAUUGUACAAGACAUACAUUGUACAUGUAGCAUAGCCUGAUUUUUUUUCAAAAGGAGAGGAAAACAAUAAGUAUGUCCAAAAUCAUGGGGAAUUAUAUUUAUUUGACUGAAAGGGUUGCUACAUACUGCACUUAUAUCUAUAUUUUGCCAACUAGGCCCAAAAUGUAAAAUUUGUUUUAUAUAAUUUGACUAUGUAUAUAAUUUAUAGUUACUGCAUGUA